AUGGUGUCCCCAGAGAAGGAUACCCCCCGUGACCGGGAAUUGGUCCGGCAUUCACUGACAUACUCCGAGUCCAAAGUUCCAAUGUGGGACAGUUCGGAUCCCGAGCGUGCGCCUCCACCGCUACCAAUGAAUCCUCGUUCGAUGAGUCCGAUGAGCCCUGCGACGAGGUCCAAUGUUUCUCCCAACAUUCAAGCAGUGGCCGCAAAAUUUACAGAGAGACCUAGCGAUAAUGCGCCGAGCUCUUACACAACAAAUCCUAUGCCACUCAAGUCUUCCUCGCCAGAGAGGUCGUUGGUCAAAGGCCAGCACAAGCGCAUGCAGUCACUACAGCCUGAAGAUACCCGACAAGAUGCGCGCAGCGACUUUCUGAAUUACCUUGAUAACAGAUCCCCAGAGCGCCCUCUUCGUGCGACGAUUAUUGAUGGGACCAAGCCGCGCGACCCUACCAAGUCAACCAGUUCGCCAGUGCUCCGUCAAGAUGUGGACCGCGAGAUGAAAUACUCCGUUUCGAGUCGGUACUUAUCCAAGCCAAUAUUGGGAGAGAGUACUCCAACCUCAGCUACAAUGUUGGCUCUGCAAAAUAUGCAGCUACCUCUAGAACCCGACCCUCCAUCACCUUCCAAACCGCCAAAAAUGAUCGCUGGGCCAUUUGAGCCACAAGCUUAUCCCACAAAGAAUGCAAGCAUGGACACCCUCUCAAAUCAAAUCCACAGUCUCACGGACAUUGCAAGCAGUUUGCAGCGUGAGAUGAUGAAUUUGAGCCGACGCAGCAAAGACAAUGCCACCGACCUGGUUAGCCUCAAGGCGGCAACCAACGCACGCGAUGAAGACAUUCGCAAGAGUCUGAAGGAUCUGUCCUCUCAUCUUACAAACAAGUACCUGGACGCUGAGGCUACAAGGUUUGAAUUCAGCAAUCUUUUCAAGGGUGGUGAUGGGCCUAACGCCAAGGGUUCGGAUAGUCCAGUUUCGAAGAGGAGCUACUCCGUGCCUCGCAUGCCUAGCCCUAAUCCAUUCGCAUUUGACCGGGAGUCUUGCGUCUCACCUGCUCCGAUUUCCGACGGUUCCGCAGCCCUUGCUUUGCUCGAAAAGGUAUUGCGCGAGAUGGCAACUAAGGAAGGUGAGGAAAGGAUCUUAGAGGUCGUUGAGGAAAUCAAAUCUCGACCAGCAACUAGCGCUUCGGACAAAGAUUCCGAUAAUAAGGUCACUGCUAUGCUCGAGGAGAUCCUCAAUCUCGUCAAAGAGGAUCCUGCAAGCAAAGCCCUCGUGCGAUCUUACCGUAGGGGCGCCAAUACCGAUAAUAUCCAAUCUGGGAAUGCCUCCUCCGAGCCGAGACGAUCUGGGUCAAUGGGAUCCGUGCACCCUGAAACUGUACGUGCACUAGACCUUUCUAACUCUGAGAAGGAGGGUAGCUCUUCACCCAAUAACCCGGAAGAAGUUCUGGCAAUUCUUAGGAGUGUCAAGAAUAGCGUCAUCGAAGGAGGUGGAAUGACCAACGGCGUGAAAUCGUUGGUACGUGAACUACGAGGUGAGGUUCUGGGCAUGGGUCGAGAACUUGCUCGCCGAUUAGACGAGAUCGAGAGUUCCCGUUCCAAUGAUGAGCCCGAGGAGCAGCCUAGAGCCGCUGGCCCAGAGGAAGUUUCCGCCAUUGUCAACCGCAGCCUGGACGACCUCAAAGAGCAGCUGGCUGCUACUAUCAAUGAGAGUCGGCAGCAGUCGUCCGACUUGUCCGAAUUCAGAUCAACCAUGAACAGUGCCGCAAUCUACUCUGUUGUGAAAAAAGCACUCGAUGAGUUUGAACUACCUCAACCCCAAGCCCAUUCGCGAGGUGCUGGAAUGGACAGAGAAGAUAUCCUCGAGACUGUUCGUGAAGCCUGGGAGACCUACAAGCCCGAAAUCGAGUUCAACAACUUUGGCUUGGAACGAGACGAGAUCCUCACAUGCCUUGAAGAAGGUCUCAAGUCUUACCAGCCCCAGAAUGAACAGACGGUCACCUACGACCAGGUUCUCGCAGCCGUUGAGGACGGCAUGCAGAAGUUCAUUCCUCCACAAAUCGAGCAUCAGCCAAGCAUCUCUCGGGAUGAGAUCAUCUUGACCAUCCGCGAAUGCUUGGAGAAGCAGCCCGAGUCUGCCUCUAGAUCUCUUGACGAGGAACACGUCGGCGAUCUUCUCUCGAUGCGCGACGAGAUUCUCGAUGCUGUUUCCAAAGCUAUGGCGAGCCAUACCGAAGGUUCGAGGUCUUUAGACGAGGAACAUGUCAAUCAUCUCUAUUCGAUCCGCGAUGAGAUUCUCGAUGCGGUCACUGGGACAAUGGCAACGAACAAUAUGCAGCCCAAGUCUUUGGACGAGGACCAUGUCAAUCACCUCCACUCUGUUCGCGAUGAGAUCAUUGAAGCCAUUACUGAGGUAGUGACAAGCCAUGCCGCAGGUCCCAAAUCUGUGGACGACGACCACGUCAGUCAUCUGACUUCUCUCCGUGACGAAAUACUUCAAGCAGUCGUCGGAGCAAUGGCUACGAAUAGCACAGGCUCCAAGGAGUUGGACGAAGGUCAUGUCCAUCACAUGUACUCCAUUAGGGAUGAGAUUCUGCAAGCAAUUAAUGGAAUGAUGGACAUCAGCAGCACAGGGCCUAAGACGUUGGAUGAGGACCACGUCAAUCACCUCUACUCCAUCCGCGAUGAUAUCAUUGAAGCUGUCACUGGGGCAAUGGGCAACCACAGCACCUCCAGGCCUUUGGAUGAAGACAAUGUCAGUCAACUAAAUUCUAUCCGGGACGAAAUCCUCAGCGCAUUGGCCGGCUCCAUGACACAAAGCACACUGAGCAAGGACUCAUACGACUCUGGCCUUGGCCGCGACGAGAUUGUCCAUGCCGUUUCUGAUGGCCUCGAAGCCCAUUUCACUGCGGCUCGAGAGAUGGAUGAGCCACGCAUUUCCCGCCAUGAUGUUAUGAAUGCGGUCAAUGAAGCCUUCGAUGCUCAACAAUCAGCUCUUGCUACUGCUCACACGAACAUCUCUCGUGAUGAAAUUUUGAAUGCCAUUGCCGAGGGCAUUGAAAGUUCAAUGAAUGCCCAGAAAUCAGCAUUCAGUACCAACGUCCAGCAGACGCCCUCUCGUGAAGAGAUUUUCAGCGCCAUCGUGGAUGCCAUCGAACACUCACGUUCUUCCCCCAACAACGACGGGGAGCCUAAUAUUUCUCGAGACGAGAUCCUGGGUGCCAUUUUGGAAGGCAUGGAGCACUUGUCAAAAGAACCGAAUAUCUCCAGGGAUGAGAUCAUGAACGCCAUUGCUGAUGGCAUUCAGAACUCGAGUAACUCUGUUUCACGUGCUCUUACACUGCCUGAGCAAGACAGUGACGAUCAGCAGCCCACUCUUUCCCGGGAGGAGAUUAUUAAUGCGAUUGUCGAAGGUAUUGAGCAGUCCCAGGCUUCGCUCGGCGUGAAUGGUCAGCCUAGCGUCUCCAAGGAGGAAAUUAUGAGUGCUAUCGCUGAGGGUAUUGAAGCCUCGGCAAGCAGCCAGCAGUCAGCGCUCAGCACCAACGUCCAAGAGCCCUCCAUCUCACGCGAGGAAAUUUUGGCUGCCAUUGCAGAAGGCAUUGACAAUGGCAAUUCGAUCACCCGGGAGAUUGAGCUCAACCAGGACGACCUCAUGGAGGCAAUCACCUCCGGUCUCAACGAGGCUAUCAGUACCGCAAAUACCAACGUUGGGGAGGAGAUGACAGAACGCCUCCAAUCUUUAUUCGAAGGCAUGAAAGAGGAAUUUAAGCAAUACUCGGCCGCCGGUGGAAGAGAUACCGAGCAAGUCCUCGACGCCAUCAAGGAUGGCCUCGAUAUCGUUCGCAAGGAGAUCGAAACUUACGUGGUUACUGUGGCCGAUCUAUCCGGCAAGGAAGAAGUAAUUGACACGGUGAAAGAGGGAUUCCGACUUCUCCACGCUGAUAUGGAGAAGACCAUUACAGAUUCAACGCUUAUGAAUGCGCCGCGAGGCAUUCCUGAUACACCUGAGCUUCUGGACGCCAUGGAAAAAGAGUUCGAGCACCUACGGGGAACCAUCACCACUCUACUCCUACGCAAUAAUGCCACUGAAGACAAAGAUGAGAUAUUGGAUGCUAUUCGAGAGGCUGCUGAUCGCCACAAGAAUGACCCCGGCGAUGAUGUUGUCAAUACGAUCAAGCAUGAAUUCGAGAGCCUCCGUGAGCGCAUGGAGAUGAGUGUGGUUCGUGCCGAACCUGGUGCUGAGAAAGACGAGAUCAUAUCCGCACUCCGUGAACAAUUCGACACCCUGCGCGAGGAGACGUCGCGUACAGACGGCAACGAAACCACGAUGUCCGCGACAAGUGAGCUCCUCGAGGCAUUCGGAGAUAGUGUUGACUCAAUCCGUAACGACCUGAAGAAACUAUUGGAGAAGCCAACUGAGUUCGACAGCUCCGAGAUUCUCGAUACCAUCAAACAUGGUCUCGCAGAUGUGAAGCUUGAAAUGGAUUCUCUCCGUGAUUCCAACAAAGAACUGGAUGAUACCAGUACCGCCCGCGGCGGUGAACUCAUCCUGGCAAACGAGCCCAGCAUUGGACCUGACAUUGACGGUCUGAAAGUGCUUAUUACUGAGCUUCAUGACAAGAUCGAGGCCAUUGAAACUACUCCUCAUGCCGCAGAAGCUUCCGAGGAUACUCUCAAGCGCUCACACCUUGAUGAAGUCCUUCUUGCGAUUAACGAAGUUCAGCUUGCCAUGGGUGAGAUGAGUACUCAACAAAGCGACGAGAACAAUCAGACGGCUCGAAAGAAGGAUAUUGAGAUUCUCGAGCAGUUACUCUUGAGUGCGAAGACCCAGAUCGAUGAACUUGUCUUCCCUUCACCGGACCAGGUCGCUACUCCUGAGCACAUUGGAGCCCUGGAGACCAUGAUCCGAGAGGCAAAAGAAUCGAUUGCCCAGUUUUCUAGUCGCGUCGAAGCCGAGACUCCCACAAAGUCUGAAAUCGGCAUUUUGGAGGGUCUCAUCAAAGAUGUCUGGGUUAUCCUAGAUGAGAUGAAGAGUAAAACCAAAGAUGAAGAUUCCGAUAAAUUACUUAAAACUGAUAUCGAAACGGUGGAAGCAAUGAUCUUCGAGGUCAAGACUCAAAUCGAGGAGCUUAAGCUUCCUGAUGUGAAUACUCUUCCAACCAAGACGGAGAUCCAGGAGCUCUCGACACUUGUCUGCGAUUUCCGAGAGACGAUGGAGGCCAAUAACGAAUUGACCGCCCAAGGGUUCGAUGCUCGCAAGGUUGAGCACGGUGGUCUUGCCGAGAAAAUCGAUGAAGCCAAGUUUGUCGUCAGCGAGCUCGGGGACGAACUCAAAAGCAAGCUUGAUGGCAGCACCGAAGGCCUGACCGAGCUUAAACAGCUCCUCGAAGGACUAGCCAUCACCGCAGAGAGCUUCACCACCGUCGAAAACAUGAAGGAGCUCACCGACUUGAUCAACCGAGAAUUCGAACGUUCUCGGGGCGAUGAAGAUGCAGUCAAGGCCGAAGAGGAGGAGCGGGAUGCCGCUACAAUAGUCAAACACGAUGAGACGCGGGCCGCCAUCAUUGUGGAGCUUGGCACAAAGAUUGACGAGAAAAUUUCCGAAGUCUUGGCGAAGUAUGAAGAUGCGCAUACGUCCCUCCAGUCGAAGUUCUCAGAAACCGAACAGAGAGAUCUGGCACACACCGAAUCUUUGACAAGUACGAGAAGCCUUGCCGAGGACAUCAAGCUUGUCAUCGGUGCUAUGGGCGAUAGUGUUAAUGAUACCUGUGAGCGGUUAAGUGUGGACACGAAGGCUCUCAUGGAACAAGUCGAUCAGUCCCGCCAGCAAAUGGAGAGCAUGCACAACGAUGUGAGAUCGCACCAGGAGCAAUCUCAAGCUGAAAACGAAAGGGCUGCAGCUGCCACUGAUCGAGUGGAGAGCAAGCUCCUUGAAUUUCACCCUCGUAUUCUGGAAUCUGUGCAGGAGAUAUUGACAAUCGUCAGCCAGCACUACGAUCACUCCCAGAAAUCAGCAGAAGACUUCAAGUCUGAACUGUCCGCAUUGUCUUCAAGUAUCCCAGCAAUGCUACCUGCGCUGCUUCCACCGGAACCAGACCGUACACUCGCCAUAGAAGAUACUCCGCUACACAGCAAACUCGACGAUAUUUUGGAACAUGCUAAGAACGACAAAGUCCACGAGGUUUUGAACACUCUCCUUGAUCACUCGAAGAAUGACCAACUCCAUGAGAAGCUUGAUCGUGCUCUUGAUCAAGGAGCGGGUUCGAAUGAUCAAAUAUAUGAGAGACUAAAUGAGUUGCUAGAUCGCGCCACUAAUGGGAGCGGUCCCGUUCAUGAGAAACUAGACGCACUGCUCAGCCGUCCCCCGAAUCCGCCGGAAUCCGAUCACUCUGCUACCCAGAUGGCGAAGCUGGAUGAGAUGCACAGGGAUAUCAUGGAAAACUCUCGCAGAAUGAAUGAGAUGUUCGCUGCCCAGUCAGUGCUGGUCGCUGAAGAUACCGAGCGAAAGCGACGUGAAGCUGAGGAGGCUGCGAUUGCUCUUGAACGAAGAGUUUCGCAGCGUGAGCAGGUGGAAGUGGAGCUCGUUGGCUUGCAGGAAGAGAAGGAUUCUAUGCUGAACAUGAUUCAUCGCCUAAGAGCAGAAAAAGAAGACCUGAUCAAGCAAAACAACAAGCUCAGCAAGGAUCUGUCCGGUCUUGAAACGGCCCUAGAGAUACGCCACGAAGAGAUGCGACAGAUGGAGGACCGCGCGGAUGGCCUUGAGAAACGCAUCCUGGAGGGUGUGCUCGACCAUGCUCGUACUAUUCUCCUCGGCCGAUCCAAUGGCUCGCAAGCCAUGAACCUGAAGAGGAACCGUAGCACUCGGAGUACCCGUUCCUCACGCACAGGCGCUCGCAGUCCUAGUCUGGCGAGCACUGCCAGUACUGCCAAAGAGCCCAGUCGCAGUCUGCUUGGUAAUGGUGUCGAAAUGGCUUUGAAAAGAACCCCGACCUCGCUCCAGGCUGGAAAAGUUGCUGUGCAGCCCAACAUCGGAAAGGAACGUCGGAUUCUUAGCUUAAGUCACGUCACUGGAAACCGCGGUGUGGACCGACAGGUGAGUGCUAAAUCUGGCAUCACGAAUUUGAAGCGCAGCCACUCUGUCAAAUCGAACUCUCUUCGCAAGACUUCUUGGGCUGGUCCAAUUUCUGUUGUCGACAAAGAGAACGAGCCAUUCCACGAAGAGGACGAGCAAGCCAGCGAAGCGGAAGAUGCUGGUCCACAGUGCAAGACUAGUUAUGUGCAAAGUAACGCACCUACCAACCGGAAGACAAGCUGCGCAGAAUCCGACCUUGGCACUGAAACCGAACAUGGCUAUGCACCGAGCAACGCUGGCACUGACCGUCGAACAAGCUACGCAGCAAGCAAUGCAGGCACGGAGCGCAAGACAAGCUACUCUGGCAGCAUCGUCGACAGUGUAGUUACAGAUGCCUCAGAUCAACGCCGUGUCAGCGGAAUGAGCUCCACGAAUUCAUACAACGUGGCGGAGAGCUCAAUCGCUGAGCACGACCACGAGGACUACCAUGAUGGUAUUUCUAUCGAUGGCUCCGAUGCGCAGACAGCACGAGAGGACGGAGAGCAUUCUGGGAAUGAGGACCAGAAUGAGGAUCACGAAAUGUCCCGCCAGAUCCAGCAGGCUAAUGAGGCUGCGGAAGCCGAAGCUCUUAAGCUGUUGGCUCCCUCUAGUGGCAGCACUGAUGUUGCAGUUUGA